AUGUCUCCCUCCCCCUUGGAAGGAGAAGAAGACGACCACAACAUUUCUCUCGAAGAUCUUCUGCGGGAUCCCCAACACUGGGAUGACAGCAUCUACUCGCAGCUCGAGCAGGACGCUACUCCACCACCCGAAGCUUUCGGACCAUAUCAAACACAAACAAGUCGUGAGCGGGCGGAGCAAUUGCGUCUUAGCCGUGCCGACCUGAGUCCCAGCGGAAGUACCGUACUCAAUGUCCAAUCCUGUAAUCAUUUCGAAAUUCCUUCAUCCGCACGCGUGGCGGUCAACAUGCUCACCAGCUCCUGCUCAACACUAACAAGCAUCUGCCUCGACUGGAUUAUGACGGCACCAUCAGACAGACAGGAAGAGAUCACCGUUGAAUAUCCGGAAUGGCUGAAAAUGUAUCUUGACUUCUUCCGGCUCCGCUUCCCUCGCUUGAAAGCUCUCCAAUUCCGCAACAACUGUGAUCCUGACACAAGGCAGCCGGAGGGUCUUUACUUGUUGGAUCGGUCACAGGCGAAACGGCCUAAUGUGCAGAGUGCAAGCGAGACGGAUACUGCCCGGGCGGAUUUCAGCGGUCUUGACACUGUAUGUCUAGACUUCAUGGAGGCACAUACCGGACUCCAGUGUUUAGCAUGGCCGAUGGACACCUUCUUCUCCGCGAAUGGACCGUCUGCGGAUGUUGCUCCCGGAAUAGACGCCAUCAUUGACCGCCUCAGCCAGUCACUGCUGGAUCUACGGGUCGAUGCAAUGUUCCGACUCCGUGGCACGCCUGCGACUGAUAGCCACCAGUGUCCAGAUGCGGCUGCAAGUGCGCGUCGACGGCAAUUCAUCGAAAAGUUCGCUUCGCGAAUGACCAAGCUUGAGAGCAUCAAGAUCGAGGGUGGUGUUCCCCGGGAUGAGCGAAGGGAGACCGUUCGUGCUCUACAUGCAUGUCCGCUCAAGAAGAUCGUAAUGAUCGGCGUCUCCAGUCAACUCGGCAACACAUGGGGCGCCCGUGGCCGCGAUCUCGGUGAACACAUCUCAAGCUUUGACGCUCGAGACCUCGAGGUUGAAGACAAAGACACCGUCUUCGCCCUCGGCUCCAAAGAUCCCUGCACUCCACCACCAGACUUCGACUUCGAACCUUCAUACGGCUGGUCAGGCUCGGCGCCCAUGCUUCAAACCCUCGCCUCGUACCACCGAAACACAGUCACCGAGCUCAAAUUCUGCGGCUACAGCGGCGCAGCGAUCCUUUUCCAGCCAACACCCAUCACCACCCCCUUCCUCGCCUCACUGAAGCACUUCCACAACCUCGAAUCCCUCAUCAUAUCCACCUGGCUCUCCACAACCUUCGAGGGCGCCCGAAGAGACGACGAAGUGAUCAGAUUCUGGAUCGAUUCUCGCUCCCCUUCCAGCACGGCUAUUGCGCGCUUCAACCCCACCGACGACGACGAAGAGGAAGGCAGUUGGGCGAAGGAGCUCCGCACGAAGUUCGCGCCAGAUGCGUUGGCGAGGAGGGCGAGGAGUUUCAUCGGGCCUUUUUUGAGCGAGAAUGUGAAGACGAGAAAGGGUGGGUGUCAUGUGAGGAUCAGUAUUUGUAUUGGUGAGGCCGGCGGGAUUUUCGACAUGGAUAUGAGGGUUGGAAGUGGAAGGGACGGGGAGGAUGUUUGUUUGGGGUAUGAGGGCCCGAGGGAGGAGUUGGAGGAGGGGCGGAGGAGGGCGAAGUUAGAGAAUCGGAGGUGGUUUUGA